CAAGCAACUUAAAGAAGUCCAGACGCUUUUCUUUCCGAGCUCGUUACUAGAAAACGCACACGUGCAUAGCAGAUGUAAGUCCGGGAUCAGAGUGUGUUUGGACUGACAAGAAAUCAGGUUUAGCCCGUCCAGAACCGCUCCAGGCUAACCAACACGGGCUACGGCAGACUGCAGCGCACUACAACUCCCAGCAACCCCGCGAAAUUGUAGUGGUUCGGUGUGGGAACGAAUCAUAACUCACAAUAAUCUCUAUUGAGAGCUUCAGUAGAUUUUCUUAAUGUACAUGCUGUGAUCAGCUGAUCUGCUGCUCUUUAUGGAUGUAUACACCUGAAUUCAACAAGAUGUGAGCCGAUGUUUCCUGAGUUGUCCUAGCUGAUUUCAUCCUCUAUACUGACAGUACACUGUUUAUGCUGUCUUUAUAUUAGACACUAUACAACCAUCAUCAACUGAAAUUUAUAUGAAUCUCUGCUACACUUGAUGUAAGCUACCUGAAAUGAAACCACAGCAUCUGUGCACGUACCUUUACUGUAUCCAUCACAGUGCAGAAAACUAACCUGUUUAUCUUUUUCUCUCCCUGUGAAAUGCAGCUGGACCUUAAGCUGUAACACACUGUGAGACAAACUGCACACAAACAGUUUUUAUGUUUGCUGAUGCUUGUUGAGCUGAUAGAAACGCUGCAUUUCAAACUGCUUGACACUUAAAAAACGUUACUCCCUUUAUGCUCGCUCCUCUUCAGCAGGGCUAGCUAGAUGCUGAAGUACCACAAACACAAUUCAUGGACACCCCUGGCUAUGACUAUGAAGGUUCGCAGUGAUAUAAAAUAAUUACUCCCCUCAGAUGUGUUAAAACUAAAGUAAGGAGCAGUUUUGAAAAUAUAAGGAGUAGAUGACUGUGAGAUGACCAGCCGGGAAGAACAGGCCGGGUUCCGACCCGGACGAGGCUGCAGCGACCAGAUCUUCACCCUACGUCGACUCAUGGAGGAACGGAUCAGAUGCGGACGCCGAACAGUCAUCAUCUUCAUUGAUUUCAAGUCUGCGUUUGAUUGCAUCGACCGGCCAGCCUUGUGGAGGGCUUUGGCAGCCGAACACAUACCCGUGAAGAUCAUUGAGCUACUACAAACCGCCUACGAUGGCUCGACCAGCCAGAUGAUUAAGAGUAAAGUUGACGAGGAAGACUACUGGCACAGCUCCAAGUUUAAAGCGUUCACCUUCGAUGAUGAAGAUGAUGAGUUAAGCAGGUUGAAGGAGUCUCGGCAGGCAGUAAACAAUAUACGGCGGCUGGUGGAGGAAGACGAUGACGAAGAUGAUGUCGAGAGGGUCAGCUGGAGUGGCGAGCCAGUCGGCAGUAUUUCCUGGUCCGUUAAAGAGACAGCUGCCUCCAGUCAGAGGGCAGAUAGAGAGCCUGCCUUCCCCAAAAUUAGCACUGACACGCCAUCGAUCAGUAGGAGCCAAUCGGGAUACUCACUGAGCUCUCUAUUCAAAGGAAAACCUAAGGUAGGGAACUUCCAGACCUUCAGUGACGCACUUACUGACUCCUCUGUCAGGCUCUACGCUCCUGAGCUCCGAAAACCAAAGUCUGAGUACAAGGAUUAUGUCAGUGAUUGGUCACCUGAAGAGACGGUUCAGAGACUUCAGCAAGGAAAGGCUGUGUCUCUGGAGAGGUUCCGCACACUGCAGGACAAACUGCUGCUGCUCGAUCUCGCCAUCGCCGCUCAUGAUGGAAACGUCAUCACGGCUGUUUUAAUCUAUCUAAAGAGGACGCUCUGUAAAGAGGUUUUGUUUCGAGAGCUGGAGUCCAGGCAGACAGCUCUCAGACACUUCAUCCACUACCUGAGUGAGACCCAAAACCAGAGGCUGCUGCUGGAGCUGCACAGAGCACUGGGCAGAGCUGAAGAUGCGGCGCUGCUUCAGUAUAAGGAACACUUGAGCAUCACAGAUGAAAACAAAAGACGGGACUUCCUGAAGAACUGCCUUAGCCUCCCAUUUUCUGCUGAGGACCUGGCCCAUGUUCAGGAUCACUACACUCUAUUGGAAAGGCAGAUCAUCAUCGAGGUGACAGACCGGCAGGCUGAGCGUGGAGGGAAGGUGGAAAUUUUCCAGAAGUUUCCCAGAAAAGCUUUGAUCCUCAACAUGCCGCUGAUCACCACGCUGUACUACUGCUGCUUCUACCACUACACUGAGCCAGAGGGGACCUUCAGCAGUCCGUUAAAUAUCCGUCAGAACUUUAAGAUCUCAGAAAAGCAGUACUUUGUGACAGCUUUGGCUGCAAGGGCGAAGCUGAAGGCAUGGCUGGACGUGGACGCUCUGUUUGCCAGCAGGAAUUGGCUCGGGUUCACCAGGAAGAAAUCACCACUGAGCUUCCAGCGAGUUGUUGACAUCCUACAGAAGAACUCCGCCCCCACACACGUGCUGCAGGACUACGUGGCACUCGUGGACGACGGAGAGUUGAGGCUCACUUUGGCUCAGAAACAUAAAUGUCACGACAUCGUCAUCAGUACAUACCGGGACAUGAAGGACCGGCAGCUGCUGCUGGGAUACCGUGGGAAGGUGGUGAGGGGCUCAGCAGAGGAGAGGAAGAUUGAUGACCUGCUCAGCAACCCGCAAAUUCGCUGGAAAAACUAACAUGGCUGUCACCAUGGCAACAUGAAUGUCCUUCCAGCCCAUCUGUGGCUGUCUGAAUCGAUGUAGCUCUGCCUACAUAGCCAGAAAGGGGGAGAGUCAUGACUCUGAUGUUCCUUUGAAAACAGGAAGUGACUGUAUUGAUGUGAGAAAGAGGGGGUGGAGUUAUUUCUUCAUGUUUCAUCAGAUAAUUGGACACACCUCUGACAUUAAUUCUGACAUCAUCACGCCAAAUAAAAUAAAAACACAGAUUGAUGCUUCAGGACAGCACAUGCUGGGAUACGGAUGCUGCUGCCAUAUUUGUCCGAGUAUGUAUGUGUGCUCUCAAAUGUUCAGGUUGCCACCUCUCAUAGACAGAUCUGUCCUAAAGUGAACAGGUUUGAAGUUUCCCAAGUAAAACAAAAAUCCAAAAGCUGUGAUCAAUCCCAUGUUUCUGUUAACAUGAAGAGCGGACUGAUGUAUUAAAUAUUCCUGUACUGUGUGAGAAAAUAAAUCAUAACUUUUAAUUAAGAGACAUCAGAAACAGCUGAUUUUUGCUUAAUGGAUUUUUUUUAACCUUUUAUUUGUUCACAAACAUAAAGUGCAAAAUAAACACAAACAUCCCCGAAACCCAUCUCUCUGUUACAAACAGCCAAUAAACAUUUAUAUAUCAA